CCAAAAACUAACUUGGAUUCCCCAUCUGACAGGAAUAAAGGAUAAAACACUCAAACUAAUUAAUAAUUUGAACAGAAUGGUUUCACACAGAUGGAAUCUCAAAGGGAACCUCCUUAAAUCGCUAUACAUAAGAGCAAUAGAAAGAAUGAUACUUUACGGGUGCCCAAUCUGGUAUACCGGCACCGAAAGGGUAAAGACCAAAUUAAAUCAGAUACAAAGGAUAGCCCUUUUAUGUAUCACAAAGGCUUAUACAACGUCCCCUACGGCAGGGCUUCAAAUACUCGCCGGAACAAUCCCAUUGGAUAUCAAAGCAGACAUGGAGGCGCAAUUUUAUAGGGCGGUCCACUUUAAAGAAAAUAUAAGUAUGGGAGACACAACAAUCUGGAAUAAUGAGAUAGAGGAUAGACUCCCUACAAUACAAUAUCAUCCAGCAGAAGCAAAAAGAAUUGAAUGGGGAAAGGACCCACCAAUGAAUAAAGACAUAGAAAUCUUUACAGACGGUUCUAAAAUGAACAACAAAGUGGGAGCAGCAUGGGUAGCCUUCCAAGACAGUCAGGAAAUACACAAUGAAAGGACACGUCUAAACAAUGACGCAACAGUCUUUCAAGCAGAAGUCCACGCCCUCAGAAGCGCGCUGCUCUGGGCCGGACAGAACGCAAGUUCCUCCAACAGGGUGGCAUUCUUCACGGAUAGCUUGAGCACAUUACAUAGCCUUAACAGCGGCAAAAUCUCAAAGAGAAGCAUACAAAGUUUAAGAGAAAUAAUUAAUACGCUCAUAUCAACGCACAAGUGUCCCUCAAUUGGGUCAAAGCCCACCAAGGGACGCUGGGUAAUGAAAGAGCGGAUAAAGAGGCUAAGAACGCGACGGACAAAGAAGUAAUAGACGUACACGUUCCUCUCUCAGAGGAAGUAGCUAAGAACAGACUACACAAAGAAGCUCUUAAACAAUGGCAGGAAAGGUGGGACGAGGGGACAACAGGUCGGAUGACAUAUAAAAUCUUCCCUAAAGUCUCAACAACUAGACUAAAGAGCAAUUAUUACGAAAACCAAGCACUGAGUAAUCACGGCAACUUCCCAUCUUAUAUAACAAGAUUCCACAAAAAGAAAGUAAGAUGCGCCUGCGGCACUAGCGGCAGCCUCGCGGACGCAGCUCAUUACAUAAAGACCUGCCCUUUAACAGCGCUAGACAGAAAACGUCUGUUCCCGCCCUCUCUCUCCUCAUUAGAGACGGAACACUUGGAAAAAUAUCCAAUAGGAAUUAAAGGGAUAAGAGAAAUCAUAAAGAAAGUCACCGAUCAAGACACGCAUCACCAUUUCAUAGAGUUUUUGUAGCAAUCGUUCGACUCCUGUUAAGUCCAAGGUUUACUCUAUGAUUAACGCUACAGGACAUCGAAGUCUAUGUUUUUCAACUUUUCUUCGACUCAUGUAUAUAUGUAAAUAAUGUAAAUAUUGUUCUGUUUUUCUCUGUAUAUAAUUUUAUAUUAUUAUAUAAAGUUAAUUAAAUUUAAGAGGAUCGUGAUUGAGAUCCCCAAAUAAAACAAUUUGUUGGCGAGACACAUCUCUCCCCAGCAAUAUAAUCCAGUCAGAUGAGAUCGUAGGGUGGUUAAAGCGGAUGGAAACUUAGCUUCAGGCUCUCCGCCCGCACUUAACCUAGCUAUUUGGCAUAAAACUACUUACGGCACCUAAGACCGGUGAAACAUCAUACAAAUGGUUAUCAUCUCCUCCCGCCAGAUACGGAGGAUGGAUAAGUGAUAGUGUCUACGUGGAUACCAUACCACUUACGAAUGCAACAACUCGGUCCUCUCACCUGCUCCUCCCACUGAGACAGGGAGGGAGUCAUAGGUUUCCCACAGUUGUAAUUCAAUUACAGGAGUGGAGAGUAAAAUUGAUUGAUUGAUUCCCCCUUUCAAAUCAACAAUCUCAUCAGUUUGAAUAGUCUCUCUCCUCUGCCAAUCGAUGAAUCUUCCAGGACCCAUCCUCUCCCCACCCCUGCCUUUUCUGCAAUUUUUUUCA